UUUUCUCUCUCCUUUCAGAGAAACUUAUAGAGAACAGACUCAUCAUCAUGACAUCGUUGCAAUGGCCUAGAGGCGUGUCCCCAUUGCAGUAGAGGAAUAACACCCCGCCAUCAACACUUCAGCAAGAAUCGAUGGCAUGAGUUGCUUGUUUUUCGUGUAUAAGUGACAGACUCACAGACGCACGGACACACAAACGUUACAGACACACAGACACACUGACGUACAGAAAACGAUGCCGGAGCACCGGAUGUCGCUAUCCACAUGGACGCAUUUGCUCCGAGACUAUAACAAGAUGGCGAGAAAACUUUCCGGAUGACGUAAUCAGUUCACGACACAGCAGCAGCAGCAGCAGCAGCAGCAGCAGCAGCAGCAGCAGCAGCAGCAGGCAUGACCCGGGAUACCUAUGAUGUCACAGUGCGGAGGGCCAGUCAGCUGUCCCAGAAGCUGGAGCUGUUCCGUUCUUCGUCCACACCGCGCCGGCCAUCGCAGAUGGUCAAGCGGUCACUGCUGCACGAGGCAGACUUCCGGGGCUCCGACCGGACACUGGUCAGCAGCAGUCUGGACAGCAACAACAGCAGCCGCAGCAACGUGCACACCUCCGCCUCCUCCUCCUCCUACACCGACUCCCGGACAGACAUCAACAGCCACGAGAGGGCCAAUAACGGGGCCGAUGAUGAUGACGACGACGAGGAUGAUGACGGGAUCAAUAAACCGGAAGAGCUGGAGACGGACAAGGGAUUGUGGGACAGGAAGUUACAUUACGUCAUGCUGGGUUUUGGUGUGGUGUUCGGCGUGAGGAACAUUCUGGAAUUUCCGGCGCUUGCGGUGGAGCACGGAGGGGGAGCGUUCCUGUUCACCUACGUUCUCCUGACCUUCACCGUUGGCCUGCCCAUCAUCUACUUGGAGGUCAGCCUGGGUCAGUACACGAGAGGCGGGGCUAUCAAAGCCUGGAGGAUUUUACCACUCGCCAAAGGUAUCGGCGUCUGUAGCUGGCUCCUGAGUUUGAGCCGUACCUCCUACACUUACACGCCAGCGGCAUGGGCACUCUACCACCUGUAUGCAGCCGUCGCGGGUUUGCAUCCCCUGCGCUCCAGGCUCUCUCUUGAGCAGUUCGUGGAGCAGCACUCCAACAGUUCAUCGAUUUCCUCCUCAAACCUCACAGCAUUUUAUCACCUCAAAGCCCUCAACGUCAGCAGCGAUUUCUUUUACACCAAUACGUUGAUGGUGACCGACAGCAUUUCCAGCACCGGCCAAGUCGUCACGCACAUCAUCAUCAGCCUCAUCAUCUUGUGGAUCUUCAUCUUUUCCAUAUCUGCACUUAGUCCCGCAAUCAUGGGAAAGAUCUCAUUCCUGUUCACAGCCGUUCCGUCCGUUCUUCUAUUCAUCUUGUUCAUCGCCGUGUGUACCAUGACAGGCUCUGUGCAAGGCAUCAGGGCCUUUCUCAACCCCAGGUGGUACAGGCUGGCUUACUUCAAGGCGAUGUAGAUCUUGGUUUCGUCCUCCUCCCCGCCGUCACGUCAAACUUGUCCACCCCUGCGUUCUGGAAUGGAACAUUCUACCUAUCUAUUGUGUUGUUCAGCGUGAUUCAGGCUGCCGUCAUGUCUCACCAUCUACAGCAGGGGGUGAUAGACCUCGUGUGUCCGGAUGACGUCAAGAGAAGAUGGAAGCUGGCAAUACUGGGAGCUUUAGCCUUUGUUUUGUUGUCUCUCAACGUACUGACUACCGCACAGAACGGUCUACACAUCUUGAGAAUCCUCCAGCUGUCAGUUCCCCGCCUAGCCACGCCCCUUCUGUGCGCUGCGGAGUGUCUCGUGAUUGGCUGGGGCUACGGCGCUCGCCGCUUCGCUGGGCGUGUCACGGAGAUGACGGGGCGGAACAAAAGCUUUAUCUGGAAGUGGUUGUGGAGGUGGGGGUGUCCAGUGAUUCUCUCGGGUUCUGGUCCCGACAACGAAAUGGCCCCUGGCUACCUCUCUGAUGUAGCCACAUUGAGCAGCUCAGACGAUGAGAGUGGGAUCGACGCGCCUCCAAGGAAAGAUGGCUUCUUUGGGCGUUGCCAGGCAACAGUCUCCUGCCUCAGUCACGUGAUAGGCUUGGGGAAUGUGGUUCGGUUUCCAUAUUUGGCUUAUCAGCAUGACGGUGGAGCGUUUGUUCUAGCCUACGUCAUAGUUUUGUUGACGUGUGGACUUCCUCUGUUUAUCAUCGAGACGGCUGUGGGCCAGUUUUCCAACCUGGGAACCAUCAGUGUGUGGAGGGCGGUGCCGCUGUUUAAAGGAAUCGGAUUCUCCAUGGUUCUCAUUUCCGUUGUGACGUCCAUCUACUAUGGUGUGAUGACGUCAUGGGCAGUGUACUAUCUGGCAACGUCAUUGACGUCUGUAAUGCCCUGGCAAACGUGUAUGAACAACUGGAACACCAACUCGUGCCGUAUCGUGGACACGUCUGUAGACUUUUGCCAGAACCUGAGCCACCACUUCAACGCCAGCACGCCCCCGCCCUGCCCAGGAGACGGCACAGACUGCGUCCGGCCCAAUGCCACAGCAACAGGCUACUGUCCCGGCAGCAAGAACCACACCAUCGACUUCACAGCCAACUCCAGCACAUCUACCGAGGAAUAUUUCUACCUGUCAGUCGUGCGUGUGUCCCAGGGCUGGAAUGACGUAGGACAACUCCGCUGGCAGCUGGCCCUGUGUCUUCUCAUGACCUGGACAAUGGUCUUCCUAUUUCUCAUCAAGGGAUGUAGGCCCGGAGGAAAGCCACCUGUUUACCCCCAAGUGGUCCAAACUGACGUCAGGUCACGUGUGGCGUGACGCAGCCUCCCAGGUCUUCUUCUCCCUGUCCCUGGGCUCUGGUAGCGUCAUCACAGUGGCCACAUACAACAAGUUCACAAACAAUGUCUUCAGGGAAGCAGCGCUUGUGUGUCUCCUCGACACGUCCGUGAGUCUGUUGGCGAGUCUGGUCAUCUUCGCUGUGGUUGGUGCACUGGGGCGAGCUACAGGUCUUGGUGUGGAGGCGGCCGCGCAGGCUGACCUGGGCUUGACCUACGUGACCCUGUCUCACGCCACCAUGCAGCUCCCUUGGCCACUGUUCUGGGCCAUCCUCACCUUCCUGAUGCUGGUCACCUGUGGUGUCUUCACCUGCGCCGCUACCAUGGCAACGGCUAUAACCGCCGUCAUGGAUGUGUUCAGCACCAGCCUGAAGAAGCAACGAGUGUGGUUGUUGCUGUUUAUGUCUCUUGGGGCUCUCGUGCUGGGUCUACCCAUGAUCGUACAGGUUGGAUUCUACGUAGUGGACGGCAUAGACACUCACAUGUCUGGCCUACCCCAGGUGUUUGUAGGCGGGGCCACUAUCUUGGCCUUGAUCUGGAUCUACGGGAUUGGUCGCUUCUGUGGUGAUAUCAGCAGAAUGGUGAACUCUUCCAUUGGUUGGUGGUGGAGGCUGGUGUGGGUGCUGGUGACGCCUUGCCUCAUUGCCUGUCUGCUGGUGACGUCUAUCGUCUGUCUGUUCCUGUGGGAUGACCACUCACAGCCCUGGUGGGUGACAUUGCUGGGCACGUGUCUGUGGUCACUGCUCACACUGCCUAUCUUCAUCGCGCUCGUGCAUGAGGUCGUCAAGACAAAGGGGGCAGGCCUGGUGCAGAAGCUGCAAAAAGCCUGCCAGCCGCGCAAAGGUUGGGGCGCCACCCUCCACAGAUGUACCAGUAACAUCGAGUACUACCCGACGGUACAUACGCACCUGGGGUUAGACAUUAACCGGGAAGGACUCAAUACUAUAACAGAUCAUGUUGAGUUCACAACGGUCGGGGUUCGAGUCCCAAGCCUGUCUCAGACUACACUUCUACCUGUGUCACCCAGUGUCAAUAGGACAAAGCGACCUAUGGACAUGAGGCACAAAGCCAUCCUGAACCACGCCUACAGCAACCCGCAGUGUAAUAUUUCCUCGGGCUCGCUAGAGAAAAUCGGCAGACGGCGCUCUAAGCGGUUCUCUGCCUCCGCCAGCACGGACAGCAUGAGUGACGUCAUCGUCAUGAAACGGUCCAACAAAAAGAUCAACACGUGCACUGUGAGCACACAGACGGACGCAGCACAGGAGAGUAAACUAUACAGGCAGAGAUCGCAACCAAUGGUGCACGUGACCAAGCCAAUCCCUAUGAUGACGCGCUCCCUGUCCUGGCACCAGAUCCCUGGUCAGCCCGCCAUACUUGAGGUGAACACCAGGCAACACUCCAAGUCCAGGUUGCGCGGGAAACUACAGCAACAGAAGACCAAGGCGACUCCGACAGAACGCCACCGGCGGUACGGACUGAGCGUGGCUCCAGAUCUCACACAACUCAUGGACACGACUGACGUCAUAAGCCAGGCAGGGGGCCGGGGAGGAGGAGGAAUGACGUCAGCUCACGUGACCGCAGACACAUCAUCGGGAAAUGAAAACUCUUCUGCCAUAGUGAUGGCUCUGAGAGGUAUCAGUGACGUCAGCACGGACACUGGGUCCGCCUUGUCCGUGUCCAGGUUGGAGGAGGUUUCGAUCCCGUGCAAUGUAGGACGUGACAUGACCACGUGCGCUGUGCUGACCACCACUGACGUCACAGCCGGACCUCCGACGGUGGCAGCGGAGAGUAGUGGGGAUACCAACACUCGUAGUGGUGUCUGCGCUGGUGAUGAUGGGACGAUAGCUCCCAACAACAACAAUAACAACAACAAUAAUAACAACAAAAGCAAUGCCAAUGGCAGUGAGGUAAAAAGGACCAGUCUCCCCUCUGAAAAGCUUCUCGGAAGUGCAAUAGAGGAACACGAUUUCAAAGAAGCGUUUUUCUUGGGGAAAAAGGCUAAACGCACAAACUCCAGACCUCAAUAUGGAAGCUUUGAUUCUUGUAAGAAUCCGGAGAGCAAAGACACGGUGGUCAGAUUAAGUAGGUCAAAGUCUGAUGACCUCGCAACGAGAAAACUGAUGAUUCCUUCAAUGGGAGUGACUCACCUUAGUGGUAGAAACAGCGUCAAUGUGAUUCUGGAAGAGGAAGAUGGGGAGAAGGAGGCAGACUUUUCUGAGGAAGGCAUGGUUCUGGAAGUGAUCAGUUCCAAAACAGAAGUAAGCAAACUGUGAAACUUGAACAUGGAAUUGUCAACGCCGUGCAGAUUUAUGCAUUCAUGUUAUAUCUCUACACCUGACAUUGUUAUACUGUUGCCAAAACAUUGUGUAUGUAGACCGACAAAUGUUUUACAGUGUUUUCACAUCAACAAAGGAUUCUUUAUGUGUUUAAUCAACAUAGCAUAUUACUCAGGAGGACAGAAUAUUCCACGUAUGAUCUGAAUGAUGUGGAAGUUGUGUGAGUCCAAUUCCAGAGUGAAUGACGAGCUGGGACAAGAGGGGGUGUGAUGGAGGCUUGGGGGAAUGGGGAGGGGGAGGGGGAGGGGUGUGUGAUCAGUAAAUUAGAGUUUAGAUGGCACUCUCGCACGAAUAUCCUGUUAACAUUUGAAACGUUCAAUGGACAUUCUCGUGGUGUUUAUUUUGGACUUGAAAAUAUCAUAGUAGAAUCUUUCAAAGUACAAUAAAUUCGCUAUAAUAGAAUAGCGAAAGAGCAUCCCGUGAUUUACGACAGGUUUUUACUAACACAGUAAACUGCAGUGUCAGUCUGUGAACUUUUGAUUUGCGAUUUUUCAAGACUUCCAAUAUAUUACAAGACAAGUUUUUCCAUUGAUUCGUUCAUUUGUAUAAAUCACUCUUUGCACACGUUAUCAGCACACGCAAGGCUGUUUCUUCUCCAGCAUUGUCUGCUUAAAGGUAAAGUCGCAUCUUUGAAAGGCUCCAGGUCGUAGGAAAUGCUCAGUUCUGUUUGGAAAGACUAGACUGGUGGUCAGGGAAUUUGGGGUCCAAGUGCACAGGACAAAAACGGAGAAAAUUAUAAAAUUCUAAAUUAGAAAAUUACAUUCGACGAACUCUUACAAAAAUACUUAUGGGUGUGUUACACCUCUAUCGAUACAAUUUCAAUCAACUAGUUCUUAUGCAAAAAAAAUAAUUAAUGAUCAAUGCUCGGUUCUCACUGACAGGCAGGAUGGAAGUAGCCCGCUGCCUAAAUUAAGUAAACAGUGUAGAUGGGGGCA